UUGCCAUAAAGAAGAAGAUGCUUUGUGUGAAGUUUGCUCCUCGUCUCUCAGUAGAGACAGCAGUGUGUGACAUUCAAAUCCUCGGCCGUUCCAAAAACACUCCCAACAACUUCACCUUCAUUGGGGAGCUGAACAGCGUGAGUAUCUGGUACCGGAGUGGAGCCGUCCCUCAGACGCCCGGCCUGUCUCUCGCCUCCAUGAGUCUACAGCCUCCUGAGCCACCACGCAGGGUAACGCCGACACCAGUGGCCCCAACCCCCGUCUAUGCUACUGUAACGAGGACCCGCCCCGACUAUGAGCAGCAGAACUCAGGAGGCAUCUACACCAUUUCAGCUAUGGAUGGCAUUCCGUUCACCAUAUCUGAGAAGUUUGUCAACAGACGCCCAGAUGUGCAGCCAGUCAGUGUAAUGGGUAUUAGUAUCAAGUCGGCGGCGGAGAUCGAGGAGGAAUACCACUACACCUUUAACACAGAGUUCAGCAUCAACUCUUAACCGGCCUCCACACACACAGCCAGCCAACCGUGGAAGACGCACACACACACACACACACACACACGCACACACUCACACCUGCAGGACAGAGAGAGAAUCAUGGGAUAGCCACCGAGGAUGCUGGGUCUGUAUUCAUUGUAUUCAAUUAGCGUUCCCUUGACCUCGAUGGAUAACAUCAUGAGGCCGACAUUUAGAGAAUCAGAACUGCUCUUAUUACGGAACAUUUGUGGGUCAUUUUUCCUGUAAUUGCCUCAGGAAUCUGGACCUUCCAAAGCAAAAAAAAAAAUAAAAGAUAAUCUGUUAGUCCCUGAUUGAAAUUGAUAAUGCUGGAAAAAUGAAUGUUUGUGGUAAAUAGAUCCAUGUUUUAUGUAGUUUUUAAUUAAAACAGUAUUUAUUAUUUAAAUGGCAUUAAAGACAUGUUUGAUCUCAUGUGAAAUGCUGUAUUGAUGUAUUGAAAGUGAAAAAUAGUAGGAUGUGUUUUUAAAGAAACACACAGUCCAUCCUUGAUCCUGGUUGUGUUUCUGUCUUUCAUUUGUCAACAAUGGUCUUGUGUUUUAAUUUUCCUAAUUUUCUGAGGGGGAAUUGUAUAUUUAUAUUUCCUGAUUUUGACUUGACUUUGACAAACCUGGAAAACUUAAACCUUUACACACUUUUUGUUUAUGAAUAUUUCCUGUUCUUUUGUACCCAGGUGGAACAGUCAUGUGACCUCUGUACCAAUAAAAUGAACUCUGUUCCUGCA